UCUACUUUACACGAACAAUUAUGGUUUCGAAUGAAGAGAUCAUCCAUGGGAAGUUGAGAGAGGGUGUAGGUUCAAGGCUAGGAUUGAAGUCAAAAAGUCCUUUUUCUUUUUCUUUUUCUUUUUCUUUUUCUUUUAAGUUGUUUUCAUGAGUUGUAUGGUCAGAGUCAUGUUGAGUAAUAAAAAAAAAAAUCUAUCUUCAUUCAGUAUGUAAGAAAAAAAUGACUUGUAAUGGUGUUUGAGUAAGAUUUUGUUGUUUUUUAAUAUAUUAAUAAAAUAAUAUUUAAAAUUAAAAAAAAAAACAUAAAAGCUCUUUUCUCGGGUGUUCCUUUUUCCGACAAAGUGUAAGUCAAACGUUUCAAGAGUCAAGUCUUUUGUGGUUUUCUUCCUUUCUGUAUUUGAUUGAUAUGGUCAGAACAAAAAACAGAAAGAAAGAACAAGAGAGAUUCGCAUUCCAUUUUUCAGUGGUUGCAGGUCAAAAUUUGUUUCUUCUUCGAUUAGGAAACUCAGUCACAGCGCGUUGAUCUUUGCGAUUGCUCUAUGAAGAAAGAGUGUAUAUAUUUACAGGAUCUUCACCGCUAUUCACCACCAUCCUCUAAAACCUUCCAACUCCUUAGAGUUUUCUUCUUUCUGAAGCUUCGUUUUAAAGUGUUACAGAUAAGAUGCAGAGACCUAACUCUUCCUCUUCUUCUUUGAAUCCUUCUCCCAUCCGCUUCCCAGUUCCUUUCACCGGAAAUAGAGUCGGAGCUCCUCCUCCUCCUCCCAUCCCACCGACCUUUCAACCCAAACACUCCUUGCCGGCGGCGGCCGUGGAGGGCGCCGGAUUCACUCCUUCUCUGCCUCCGUCGCCCUUCACCAUGUAUCACUCUACUUCGAGGGUGGUGGCAGGCGGCAGCGGGAAUCUACCGCCGAGAAAGACGUCUCAUAGGCGUUCCAAUAGCGAUCACACAUUUGUGUUUAGCUCCAUGAGCCCUUCCAAGUCUUUGGAAAGACCAGUCUCCGGCUGCGGGGAGGUUUCAGAUUGGUCUAAGUUGGUCAAGGAGGAAGAGCGCAGAACGUUGUCAGAGGGCUACGACGAUGCUUUAAGGGCGUAUAUGAGACUUGAUAAAAUUGAUGCGGGGAGCAGUAGAGGGAGGACGAGGAAGAUGACGAACGGUGGAAGCACCAGUGGUGACUUUGAAGGUGAGAGCAAUGUGAAGAGGAGAGCCGGCGGAGACAUUGCUCCCACCAGUAGACACUACCGGAGUGUUUCCGUGGACAGUUGCUGUUUCCGUGAAGGUGCUUAUAGUGUCGGAUUUGGAAAGUAUGAGUUUAGUGCAGCUGACAUGAAAAAGAUCGCCGCAGAUGAGAAACUUGCUGGGAUUGUUAUGGCUGACCCUAAGCGUGUUAAAAGGAUGUUGGCGAACCGCGCGUCUGCUGCACGUUCAAAGGACCGGGAGACGAAAUACAUAGCGCAGUUAGAACACAAGGUGCAGACUCUUCAGAUUGAGACCACUACUUUAUCAGCUCACCUCACGCAUUUGCAGAGAGAUAAUAUGGGGUUGCAGAACCAGAACAGUGAGCUCAAGUUUCGUCUUCAAUCUAUGGAGCAACAGACACAACUCCGCAAUGCUCUGUCUGAGAAACUGACUGAAGAAGUCCAGCGAUUGAGACUGGUGAUUGGUGUGCCGAACCGCAGCGAAUCCAACAUAUCAAACGCGUCACUAACUCCGGAGAUGUUUCAGCAGCAGCUUAGGAUCAGCCAGUUACAGCAUCCGCAUUACAAUGAAUAGUAUAACCAACUUGUGUGAUCCGCAGUUUCUUCAUGUAUGAUAACUUAUCUUCAUAUGUGCAGUCUGUUUCUUUUUUUCCGAAUAUUUAUACAAAACAUUAUAAAGAGUUUGCCCCGGUAAUUUUGAUCAUAUAUCCUGAAAAAUUUACAUAUAUU